AUGAGUUUGUUUGGUGUGAAGAGCGUUGAGUUUCACGAAAGAGGUUUCAGACAUCAGUUGAAUGUGAAGCGAAAACUACAAGACUUGCAAAAGCAGGGAUCAAAGCAGGAGAGAGAGGACCAGAAAUACAACAUAGAAAUGAUGAAAAUAGAGUCCCAGGCCAUGAAGGCCUUCCACACCGAUGUCAACCAAAACCCGAGUCUCGCCAAAGAGUUGGCAACAAAUAUAUCGUUAUUCAAGAAGAGCACCAAAACCGAGUCAACCCUCAAAUCUUUGGGCCGUUUCGGUGAAGACUCGUCCGCUUCCGAAGAGAGCUCCACUUUAGUGGUCGGACGACAACGAGCUCUCGAAACCAUCGCUAAGAAGAUGGAGAAGAAGAGUAAAUGGUUGGAGAGAAAGACAUCCGAAGGGAAGACCUAUUACGUGAAUAAAGAGACUUUGGAGACCAAAUGGACUGAACCCAAGUCUGGAUUUCUAUCACUCGAGGAGCAAAAGUACAGCUCAGAUGUGACCCCAGAUACCGACCCAUUACCUGCCGGCCCUUAUAAUCCGUACGGCCGGUGGAAAACAGUGGCGCACACAGAGUUUGACGACAAAAUGAUUGAUUUACAACUUCCGGACCAAAAGUUGCCACAAAUUGUCGCACCGGUAUUCGCCGAUCACGACAAAGAAGUGAAGAUUGAGUUCAAAGAGAAAACCGUUGAUUCGUUUUAA